CUCUCUCUCUCUCUCUCUCUCUCUCUCUCUCUCUCUCUCUCUCUCUCUCUUGCCACCCUCACCUUCCCACCUUUUUGUUCAGUGCCUACGAAAGCAAACCAGCGGGACUCGAACCGCACACCCUCCGGACUCUGCCUUGCCAUGUGGCUCCACCCACUCCACCGCCUCGCCACGCCCCUUACAGCGGCAGGGCCCGCCGUCCAAUCGGGGCUGUGCCCCGGGCCACGCCCCUUCCCCUGGCCCCUCCCACCAGCACCUCCACCCGCCUCACCAGCAGCACCAGCAACACCACCACGCACUCCAGACGGCCAAUCAGAGCCAGCGCUUUGCCAUGCCCCGCCCACUUCUCUGCGGCCCCGAGGACGGCUUCCAGUCAGACCAGAGGUUCCAGCGGCAGCACUCGGAGCCCCUCCCCUACACCCUCCCCCGGGACGGCCACGCUCCCCGGGCGCCGUACCCCCCCCGCCCCCGGGCAGCAGCGGGGCCCGCCACCCUGUGACGGACGGCCCCUCUACCAGCGCCACCUCUCCGAGCCGGUGGCCCCCGCCCCCCCCAGCGGGGGUUCAAGCAGGAGAGGGUGGACCCCCGUUACCCCCGGCAACGAGCAGCAGCAGGGGGCCGGGGGCCUUUCACCCCCGCUCCAUCAAGCAGGAGCCGCGCGACUUUGGGUUCGACUCGGACGCCCAGAACUGCCACUCGUCCUUCGGAAAGUCGCGGGCGUCGUUCUACCAAAGUAAAAGCGCCUCUUCCCGCUUUGCCUACGACGGAGAGGCCAACCUGUACGGCUACGACGACGCCUGUGUGGUCCCCGACCGACUGGAAGGCAAGGUGAAACAGGAAGUGAUGGCCUUCGGCGAGGGCCCGCCCUUCCAGAGGCGGGGCUCCCUGCAGCUCUGGCAGUUCCUGGUCACCCUAUUGGACAACCCGGGAAACGCCCACUUCAUCGCCUGGACCGGAAGGAACAUGGAGUUCAAGCUCAUCGAGCCCGAGGAGGUGGCGCGGCGCUGGGGCAUGCAGAAGAACCGCCCCGCCAUGAACUACGACAAGCUCAGCCGCUCGCUGCGCUACUACUACGAGAAGGGCAUCAUGCAGAAGGUAAAGGUGGCGGGCGAGAGGUACGUCUACAAGUUUGUGUGUAACCCCGAGGCCCUCUUCUCCAUGGCCUUCCCCGACAACCAGCGGCCCAGCCUCAAGGGGGAGGCCGACGCCCCCCUGCACCCCCCCCCGGCCCCCGCCGGGGACGAGGACCCCUGCCUCGCAGCGGGGGGCCGCUACGAGGAGGCCACGCCCUACCCAGACGGGGGGGCGCAGGGGGGGCUGGCGUUCCCCGACAGCUACCCCUAUUAGCCCCUCCUUCUCUCCCCCUCGCGCCCAGCACUGAGGGGGAGAUGGGGGGGGGGGGCUGUAUAGAAACUGUACCCCAGUGUCCUCGGACCCUCCCCCCCCCCGACACUGGGACCCCUGGGAGCAGCCUAAGCAGUGUAGCCGGCCUCGCUACUUAGGGUCAGCCCACGAUGUCGGAGUCCACUUCUAUCGGAAAAAGCGGAGAUGGGAAUACCGUGAUGUCAGUGGGCGGGGCCUCAGCCCCGGGGGGGGGGGGGGGGGUUUGUAAUCUAAACUCAGGACUAUGGGUCGCUAUGGAGACGGGACGCGCUCACACGGGGCUUGGACUCCGCCUCCCUCGCUUACGUCCCUCCAAUCACGCUCUCCAGGUGGUCAUCCACAGGCCCCUCCCACACGCUCCCACAGGCCCCUCCCACACGGUUCACACACGUUCACCCAUUCAUACACCAGUCACCCAUUCAUACACACGUUCACCCAUUCACACACACGUUCACCCAUUCACACACGUUCACCCAUUCACACACACGUUCACCGUUUCAUACACACGUUCACCCUUUCAUACACACGUUCACCCAUCAUACACACGUUCACCCAUCAUACACACGUUCACCCAUUCACACACACGUUCACCCAUUCAUACACACGUUCACCCAUUCAUACACACGUUCACCCAUUCAUACACACGUUCACCCAUCAUACACACGUUCACCCAUUCAUAUACACGUUCACCCAUUCAUAUACACGUUCACCCAUUCACACACACGUUCACCCAUUCACACACACGUUCACCCAUUCAUACACAUAUUCAGGCAUUCACCCGCCGAUUAACCCACGUGGUAAUCGUUGGAUAGCAGGUUGAAUACACAUGCUUUGGGCAGUGGUCGUAUUAUUAACCCAUGAUAUUAGUAGACUUCCCCCCCCACAUCCACAAGCUCUGGGAUCUGAACCCUGAGAGAUAUAUCGUCUCUCCCCCCCCCCCCCCCCCCCCCGAUCCAGACCACGAUAGCCUUCAUGUCGUCAACUCAAAGUGAUUGAAUUGUAUUUUUGUAACGCAGUUGAAAAAGAAAGCAAAAAAAAAUACUAAUAAGGGAUCAGUUUGUGGAUUCUGUCGUCUUUCUACCGAGUUGUAUAUUGAAACACUUUUUGUUGAAACACUUUUUGUGGUUGUUUCCCCCUUUGGCUUAAAAAGCAUCUAUGGCACUAAAAUCAAAAAAGGUAUUUUUCUCGUGACUUUACUACAAACUGUCCUUCUGUAUAAUUCCGACUGACUUUAUUACCAAUAACCCCGCAAUGGCAUUGUACCCAAAUAUAUAUAUAUAUAUAUAUAUUUUGUAUAGGUUGUUAUGAGCUUCGAUGUAUGGAGAAUGAAAUCCAAAUAUAGCCAAAUAUAUUUUUUUGGAGGGGCGGGGAAAGGCGGGGAAUGUUCUGCAAUUUAAGCAGCUACAAGGUUUUAAUUCCAUGGUUUUAUGUCUAGAAUCAGAGAGCGGACUCCACUGCGCCCCGCCUGGACGGUGGCGGUGGUGCAUAUUUAGUCUUAAUAUGUUGACGAUUCGAUUCCCGCUGUGGGAUGACGUAGCACCAGACGACUCGGGAACAGAGAUGUUUAAUACGAUAAUAUUUGUGCCUUCUGUAAUUUCUGCAAUUUUCCUGUAUACAAUAAACUUUUAAUUCAAACAGA